AUGCGACGAUGUCUCGUGGCCCCAUUGGGCUUCGUGCGUCGCUACAGCCAAGCCAGCAGUGGCCAACAGCCACAUACCACACCUCUAGAGUACUUCAGCUUGAUUGUCAAAGGCAAGAAAACCGACCCGGCAAUUGUGACUGAAGAGCUGCGCAAAUUUGUCAAGACCAGGACCCAAUCAGGGCACUGGAAACAAGCAUGGAUUGCUGGUUCAGGGAAGUCGAGGAGCGCCUUGGUCCUGCUCGCCUCCAAGGACAUGGCAAAAUGCCUAGAGAGUCAUGAAUUCAUGUCGACUUUCUUGGAAACCGUUGCGCCUGCAGAGGAGUCCCACAGAAGUGCCACCAUAGACGUCUUGGCCGGUUUGACAGACGGUCUCCAGCCAAACGAACUGGGAGCCCGGCAACAGUCGGGGUUGUCAGUCCUGUACGGGCCCGAGAGUAUUUUGCCUCGCAUUUGGGAGCAGAAUGGCGACGCGGAUGGCCGUGAUGUGGACCGCGCAGCCUCAAUAUCCGUGUCUGCCGCCUACCCUGACCAACCCUUCAAUUCGCACAUCACGAUCCCCAUGGCCAACACCAUUUUUCAAAACGGGCGGCGGUCGACGCUGUUUGCCACGCGCUACGAGAGAAGCGCCUCCUCGGGCCGCUUCGAGGCUACCCUGAUGCAAGACAAGGCGCACCAGGACAUUGAGGUGGUCACGGACGGCGGCCCGCGGUUCACGCCUCAGCUCCCGCUGAUCCCGCUGACGCCGCCCCGGGAGAUUGUCGCGGGCCUGGGCAACAUUGUGCGCCAGGUCUUGGUGGACGGCCGGCCACAGCCCGCGUCCAAGGAGCUCGAGGACUUGAUCCCGCGAUUCCUGGCGCAACGCCAGAAGAGCCAUGCCGUUGGUGUAUGGGCCGUCGUGGUCCCACCGCACGUCGUGAAGAGAGACAAUGCAUUUGCGUCUAUCCAGCCUUACAGUGAACACUAUGAGAAUUUUGAAUCGGAAAAGAAGAUGGUCGAGAUGAACUGGGAGUGUUUGUCCCGGAUAGGAAAGCAUGGCCUGCGGAUUCACAAGAUUUUGAGCGGUGGCGGUGGGUGGGGAGUAAAACAGGGACUGCUGUCCCUUGACCCGGAAACAAGCUACAGCGCUCCUGAGCAAGAGGGCAUUGACGAUUUCAUCAGGGCGUUCGAGGCCCAGUAUGAGAUGAAGCUAGACAGCAAUAAAGCUCUCGCAGACCAGGAUCAAACCACGACGACAACAUCGUCUUCAUCAUCUGAUAUUGUGUCGCCAGGUUCGUACCUCAUCUUUUGCGCGCAGGCCGAUGUUGCUGGAGAGGACCUAGACGGCGUCAGCACGAGCGAGAGCCGCGGCUGGAAUUUCGGUGUGGCAGAGAGACACGAGGAUGCGUGGGACCGGCAAGUCGAGGAGGUCGUGGAGGAAGAUGCUGGCCCUGCGGUGUCGGCUGUGCCGGAGGCAUUCACGGCCAUGUCUGCCGAGGGCGUUUAUCUGAACCUGGGGACUCCAGGCGAGGCCAAGGAGCAUGCUGCGAUCUCCACAUUCCCGUACACGACCAAGAUUGACGUCCCGCAUGCGAUAAUAAGUCAUUGA